GUUUAUUUCAGGAAUAGGCUGGACUAACCAGCUGUACUCUUACUCUUUAUUUUUAUGAAAACUCGGAGAAAGAGGUGCAUUAUCUCGCGAAUUACUUCUGAAUAAAUAAAUUCUCUGUAAGAACCAUAGCAUUUCGUCAUUUACUGGUAAAUCAACUUUGAUUCUCUCUCACCCAAGACUAUGAUACUAUGAACAUGGUUAAAAAAUCAUUUGAAGUCAAGGCACUAUAUGGUACUCUUUCUAUCACUAUGUUCAUUAUAGAGAUAUUUUCAAAAAUAAUAUUUGAUCAAUAGAGGAUGCUCAUAUUGAUUAAACUAAAGGAACCCCUUAAUCUUUAUUUUUUAAUUUUUUCACAAAGAAGGGAAAUUUCCCCUGUUUAUCCAAAUCCAAUGCUAAAUUGACGGCCUGUGUUUAUAAAUAAGUAAUAAAAUCUUUUGAAAAAAAAAAUAACUUUGCUGACAAUUACCGAUUUUUUGGUUGUUUUGUUAGAAGAGUCCUCAUCUGUUUGGAAUAUUAACAAAGAUAAAGAAGAAGGAAGAGAGGAUAAGCUCAAUGGAGUAAUAAAGAACCAAAAAAACAUAUCAUAAUUCUUAUGAAGUUUGAUUUGAAGGAAUUGAGCUUGAGAGCCAAAUGAAUUGAAAGAUUCAUGUUUGGUUCGGGAAGGGGUUUUUCUGUUUUGAAAUCAAAGCAAAAAAAAAUCUACUUUCAUUAAGUGAUUUAUUAGAUAACCGAAAAAAUAGGAUCUUAAAUACUAUUCAGAAUUCAGAAGAACUUGCGUGGGAGGUCUAUUGAAAAACUAGAAAAAGCCCAAGCUCAUUUAUCUAAAGUAGAAAGGCAUAAGCCGAGGAGUUUCGACUGAAUGGAUACUCUGAAAUAAAACGAGAAAAUUUGAAUUUGCUUAAUUCAACUUCUAAUAUUUUAGAACAAUUUGAAAAUGAUAAAAAUGAAACUAUCUAUUUGAACAGGAAAGAGCUAUUCAUCAAGUAAAACAACAGGUUUUCCAACAAGCCUUACAAAGAGCUCUAGAAACUCUGACUUAGUUGUUUGAACACCGAGUUGCAUUUACGUACUAUUAGUACCAAUAUCCGCAUGUUGAGCAACACUUCAAGAAAUAAAAGAUUAGUCUUUAAUUUUCUAGCGGAGGUAUUAUUUUUUUUUAUAAGAAUAAUUUAAGAACGAAUCAUGGGAACGAUCCCAAGCCGAUGAAAUUAGGAAUAUUAUUCGUGAGCGUAUUGAAAAAUAUAAUAGAGAGAUAAAGAUUGUCAAUACUGGUACCGUUCCUUCAAGUAGGCGAUGGCAUUAUUCGUAUUCAUGGUCUUGGUGAAGUAAUGCAGGGGAAUUAGUAGAAUUUGAAGAGGGUACAAUUGGCAUUGCUCUCAAUUUGGAAUCCACCAAUGUUGGUGUUGUAUUAAUGGGUGACGGAUUGAUGAUACAAGAAGGAAGUUCUGUAAAAUCAACAGGAAGAAUUGCUCAGAUACCAGUGGGUGAAGCCUAUUUGGGUCGUGUUAUAAAUGCCCUGUCAAAUCCUAUUGAUGGGAGGGGCGAAAUUUCAUCUUCUGGAUUUAGAUUAAUUGAAUCCCCCGCUCCAGGGAUUAUUUCGCGUCGUUCCAUAUAUGAGCCUCUUCAAACUGGACUCAUUGCUAUCGAUUCAAUGAUCCCUAUAGGCCGUGGUCAGCGAGAAUUAAUUAUUGGAGACAGACAAACUGGUAAAACAGCAGUAGCUACGGAUACGAUUCUAAAUCAACAGGGUCAAAAUGUAUAUGUGUUUAUGUAGCUAUUGGUCAAAAAGCAUCUUUCUGUGGCUCAGGUAGUAACUACCUUACAAGAAAAGGGAGCCAUGGAAUAUACUAUUGUGGUAGCCGAAAUGGCGGAUUCCCCUGCUACACUUCAAUACCUCGCUCCUUAUACAGGAGCAGCUAUAGCUGAAUAUUUUAUGUAUCGUGAAAAACACACUUAAUCAUUUAUGAUGAUCUCUCCAAACAAGCCCAAGCUUAUCGCCAAAUGUCUCUUCUAUUACGUAGACCACCUGGUCGCGAAGCUUACCCAUGGAGAUGUCUUUUAUUUGCACUCACGUCUUUUAGAAAGAGCCGCUAAAUUAAGUUCUAAGUUAGGGGAGGGCAGUAUGACUGCUUUACCUAUAGUAGAAACGCAAUCGGGAGAUGUUUCUGCUUAUAUCCCCUACUAAUGUAAUUUCUAUUACUGAUGGACAAAUAUUCUUAUCCGCCGAUCUAUUUAAUGCUGGAAUAAGACCUGCUAUUAAUGUGGGUAUCUCUGUUUCCCGAGUGGGGUCUGCAGCUCAAAUUAAAGCCAUGAAAAAGGUUAGCUGGUAAAUUUAAAUUAGAACUCGCCCCAAUUCGCUGAAUUAGAAGCCUUUGCCCAAUUUGCUUCUGAUCUUGAUCGAGCUAGUCAAAAUCAAUUAGCAAGAGGUCAACGAUUGCGCGAAUUGCUUAAACAAUCCCAAUCCGCUCCUCUGACGGCGGCAGAGCAAAUUAUUACGUAUUUAUGCUGGAAUAAAUGGGUAUCUUGAUUCAUUAGAACUUGGACAGAUCAGCAAAUUUCUUAUUGAGUUAUAU